AUGCCAGGCGCCCGUCCAGCGUGCCCCGCCUUCCUGCAACAACUAGCCGAGCGUCGGCGCCGUGUUAUCGGUGGGAUGUCGUGCCCUGGACUGCGCGACGAAUGUUACGCCUGCCUAUACGGCUGUUCCCAGGCGGGUGUGUUGGGGCCGCGGGACAUUGAGGCCGCCAUCAUGGACACGGGCGGCGAUGCAGGGCGCACGCUAGCCUGGUACCCCGGGUUGUUGAUGGCAUGGCGGUUUGAUAAGGCGGAUACAUUCUUCCGGGAUAAUCAGCUUCCAGCAUACUACGGCGAAAUCGACUCCAUCCGGCGCCAGCUCAUCAACCCCCAGAAGAUGAUGAUGAUCGGGCCAUACCUCAUCAGCUUCCCUGCACUGCGCGCGCUGAGCAAGCGCAUGCCCCAUGUCAACAUCUCGUCCCAGGAUCUCAACUACAAGGACAAACAGAACCAGCGCGCCACUCUCAAGUAG